ACGUGCUUAUACUUGAACUUUACAGCAGCUGAGCUCGACGUCAUGUUCUGGUGAGAACCAGCGUUAUGUCAAAGGCGCCUGCACCCCAUCGCCGCGCAGGCAUUCCUGCUGCAUCGACACCACGACCCAAGCCGCAGUUCACUAUCGAAGAAUGGGAAGCUAAAGCACCUCUCACUGACCUGGCGCUCAAGAGCGUCGCGGCGGUCAAAGCUGCCAGCGAGAGAACACCUCUCCCGCUCAAAUUUAGCGUCGAUGAGGACGAGUCCUCGCGUCCUUCUACACCCAAUCUACGGGGGAAGGUCGGAUCGGUGUCGCGUCCCUCAACACCAGUGCCAGCAUUUACUCGCCAGUUUGCCAGUCACGCGCUGCACCCGAAGCAGCCAGUACAAACUCCCCAACAAUUCUACGACUGGGUUGCACAGAUAGAUAGGUCCGUAGCACAUAGCCAGGAAGCGCACUUCCGCGCUCAUGUCGCGGUGGUAUCCGAACACCUGAACACAGCAGACACACUUAUUGAGCGUAUAGACGAGGUUGACAGGGAGGUUGGUGGGCUGCUUGAAGGCUGGCGAAGUGUGGAGGAGGGCGGAAAGAAUCUGAAGGAUGCGUGCGAGCGGUUGCUGGAGGAAAGAGACAGGCUUCUUGAACUCACUGAAGAAAUCGGAACUAGACUUGAGUACUUCCAAGAACUGGAACACGCAACGCGCAUGCUCAAUCAUCCUGGAGAGUCCCUUGUCCUUCAGACCGACUUCUUGUACAUGGUAGAGCGCGUGGAUAUUUGCAUAGAUUAUCUCAAGGCUCAUCGAUAUUACAGAGAAGCGGAGAUAUACCUACUCCGCUUUCAGCAGUGCAUGACGAGAGCCAUGACACUCAUCAAGAUGUUUUUCGUUGGUUCGUUAAGGGCAUUGACUGCCGACGUUUCCAGAAGACUGUCAGAGAAGGAUGUGUCAUCGACAGCACAGAUGCACCUGCUUUACACCAGGUUCCGCAGUGUCACUUCUCAGCUUUCUCCUUUGCUUAGCGAGUUAGAGCGUCGUGCCGAAGCUCAUCCAGAGGACUUGUCAGCACUGCUUUCAGAAUGUCAUUAUGCUUAUUUCGCAGCACGUAAAGGCUUACUGGUGGGACGCCUGAUGGAGGAAAUACGUGGACUCGAUCCAGCACACACUGAGCUAGUUGAAUUAACGAAUGCCGGUUGCAGUUAUCUGAAACACCUCUGCACGGAUGAGUUUAAUCUCUACCGAGAGUUUUUCAACUCUGGCGAGGACCAGCUCUACACUUAUCUUGAGAACUUAUGCGACUACCUUUACGAUGACCUGCGCCCCCGGAUAUUGCAUGAAACUCGCCUCACAACACUCUGCGAAGUAUGCACGGUGCUUCAAGCUCUGAUGGUUCUUGAUGUGGCAGAGCUCCCAGAGGAGCCACCUGACGAAGGCAACCUAAUCGUUGAUUUUGAUCAGCCAAAACCCAAAGGUCUAGGGCAACUCCACAUCAGUCACCUUUUGCAGAUGGUCCUCCAGGAUGCACAAACCCGGUUGUUCUUCAAAGCACAGUCGGUUAUUCAGUCCGAUAUUCGAUAUUACACGCCGAAACCAGAAGAUCUGGCGUAUCCUGAUAAGCUCGUCACCGCGCGGAAGCCUGUUUCUCAACACGAAAUCAAGGAAAAGGACAGUGUAAGCCAGCUUUUCCAGCUGCCCUCAUUAGACAAGAAAGAAACGUGGUUUCCGACCUUGCAAAAGACGGUAUGGUUCACGCAGCCCGCUAUUUUUGAAGAUAUCGCGCAUGAGGCUGUGAGCCUUUGUCGUCAAUCACUAGUCACAUCGUCCAAUUUGGUCGAACAAAGAAGUUCUACCGGCGUGCUAGAUGGCCAGCUAUUUCUCGUUCGCCAUCUCCUGAUUUUGAAGGAGGUUGCAAAUAAUUUGGAUUAUACCCCGAAAGAUACAGAGCCGAGGUUCGAUAUAGGCGGUAUGACGGAUACCUUGGCGUCAGUUCUGAAUCGCACGACCGCAUUACUACCAGAUGCUCUUUUCGCUUCUUUGGGAAUGCCUCGAGGACAUGAUACCCUUUCAGACUCUCGACAUGACAUAGAUCAAGACCUGAAACGUGCCUGUCAGGAAGUCAUCUCAUUCUGUGCAAAAUUGCCCUGUGAGCCUCUGCAAGAGUGGGUGGACCGCGUACGAGCAUUCAAUGACGCCCGCGUAGCCUUCUUGCCAGGGUCACAGGCCCCACUCCUCACGGAGCAAGAGUGGGCAAAGCAAGCUAUCGCGGAGAAUCUUCAUCAAGUCUUCGUCGAAGCCUGCGAACGGGAUCUGCGGUCAUUCGUGACGAAGCUGCGGCUGUACCUCGAGGAUGAUCGGACGGUGUCUGUGCUAGUCACGCAUAUAGAGGAGGCGAUUAUUGAUGAUUACCUCAAGUUCCAAAAUGUGGUAUGGAACAUGUAUGCGGGGGCGAUGAAGACAGUCGUAUUUUCGCAAGACUGUCUGCGGGAUUAUUUGAAGAGUAUAUGUAAUUAACGUACUAUACUGUGCUUGAAUUUAGAGCGAGCCCUGUCCUUGUCCUUCCCGG